ACCGGAGCGCAGCGCGAGGCGGAGGAGUCAGCUGUCUGUCAUCAGCUGAGAGAGAGAGAGAGAGAGGGAGAGGGAGAGGGAGAGAGAGAGAGAGAGAGAGAGAGAGAGAGAGAGAGAGAGAGAGAGAGAGAAAGAAAAGAGAAGAGAGAAGAAGAGAGGAGAAGAGAGGACAGGAGGGAGGAGUAAACGCUCCGGGUUCAAACUGACACACCGGCCUGACAGAGAAGAAGACCAGAAGAAUAAGGGACAGACGAGCGCAAGAAAAGAAAGAGAGAGAGAGAGAGAGAGAGAGAGAGAGAGAGAAGGGGAGAGAAAGUGACAGGCGUUACCGAAACCAGACGAACCAAAGCGUCGACAUGAACGGCCAGUUCGAGGAAGACAUCUACGACCGGGGAGAGAGGAAGAGCAGCAAGUCCCCGACGCUGCUCUCCUCUUACUGCAUAGAGAGCAUACUGGGCCGCCGCAGCCCCUGUAAGGUCAGGCUGAUCGGAGCGCAAAGUUUGACGGGUCUGCCCGGCAGAGGAGAGCUCGACAAACCGGCGGACGGGCCAACUAAAGACCCCCUGUCUCUCAGCGCUGACAUCCACCUGCCACCAAAGCUCCGCCGGCUGUACGGGCCCGGCGGCAAGUACCUCCACGACCACGCAGCGAAGCUGGACAGAGAGCGGCUGCUCCUGGAGCAGGCCAGCGACAGCCUCAAGAUCAGCCAGGCGCCCCAGGUGAGCAUCAGCCGCAGCAAGUCCUACCGGGAGAACGCGUCCCUGAGCCGGGGAGAGGGCGACCAGAGCCCCGUGGAGGGCUCGGAGGACGGCAGCCUGGGGCUGGUGGAGCUCGGCCCACUGAAGUUCGAGGAGGACGCGGCGGGAAAGGAGGAGGAGAGCUGUGCGGACGCGGCGAGGCUGUCCCCGAAGGACGAGGAAAGGGAGAGCUUGAACGCCGGGGAUGGGGACGUGAGGGACGGGGAGGACAGCGUGUGUCUUUCGGCGGGCAGUGACUCGGAGGAAGGGAUGCUGAAACGGAAGCAGAGAAGAUACAGGACUACGUUCACCAGUUACCAGCUGGAGGAGCUGGAGAGAGCUUUCCAGAAGACACACUACCCCGACGUGUUCACCAGAGAGGAGCUCGCAAUGCGCCUGGAUCUCACCGAGGCCCGCGUCCAAGUGUGGUUCCAGAACCGCAGGGCCAAGUGGAGGAAACGCGAGAAGGCCGGGGUGCAGGGCCACCCGUCGGGCCUGCCCUUCCCAGGCUCCCUGACGGGGGGCCACCCUCUUAGCCACUACCUGGACGGAGGCCCCUUUCCUCCCCAUCCCCACCCGGCCCUGGAGUCCGCCUGGACGGCUGCUGCAGCAGCGGCCGCGGCUUUCCCGGGCCUGGCACCGCCACACAAUGGCGCCGCCCCACCCCUGGCCACCCAGCUCGGCCUGGGCACUUUCCUGGGCACGGCUGCAAUGUUUCGCCACCCUGCCUUCAUCGGACCCACUUUUGGCAGGCUCUUCUCCAGUAUGGGUCCCCUGACCAGUGCUUCCACUGCUGCAGCUCUCCUCCGCCAGCCCGCCCCUCCCGUGGAGAACCCCUCCCACGCGGGGCCCGUCCUCCCCGACCCUUCCGCUUCCUCCUCUUCCUCCUCCUCUUCCUCAGCGGAUCGCCGGGCCUCCAGUAUCGCUGCGCUCCGCCUCAAGGCCAAGGAACACUCGGCUCAGCUCACCCAGCUUAACAUCCUGCCCGCCGGAGCCUCGGGGAAGGAGGUGUGCUGAACACUCCCAACACCAGCCCUCGGCCCCCCCCACCCCCCCUGUCCCGGGCUUGCGUCCCAUUCCAUGACACCCCUGCUAUGUCCCCCUUGUCAAAAAAACCCUUCAUACCUCUGGAGGAAGCUGUCUCCUUGUCUCCCUGUGUUCAACCAUCCCCCUGUUACCUCAUGUGUCCCCAACAAAAUAGCAUGACCAAAUUCAAAAGAGCACCGGCUGAGAAAAGUGUGUGUGUGUGUAGUACAACAUUGGUUAACCCAUAGCACGAGAAGACGAAAAUUAGCAUAAAAAUAUUUCUAUUAAUUAUUCUUUCACACAAACUGAAAUUAGCUCCUCUGUCAUUUCACUUGAGCUAUAAUAUAUAGAUUGCCCAUGAAAUGUUGUUCUACAUGGAUAGAAAACAAAACACAAAGCACAACAUCAGUGGAGGAAUGUAACAAAGUACACUGACGUUAAGUUUGAAUUUAAAGUACUUGUUGGAUGCCACUUUAUCUUUCACCAUAGUUCAGUGGAAAAUGAUCUAAACUCCACUACAUCAUUUUACAAAUUAUUUAAUUUUAAUUAAUAUUUCCGCACAAAAUAUAUCUGAUGUCGGGCCUUGUUAUAGCUGGAACGAACAGUUCACGCUAUUCUUAAAUGAAUGCCUCAGUAAUUACAAUAACUCUGUAUUGUAUUGCUGUAAAAUUAAAACUAUUUAAUAGUUAAUACUAAAUAAUAAUAAGUUAAUUUUACCCAUGACAUUUGUGUACAUCCACUUCAGGAAAUAUCUCAAAUCAGGAACUUUUGGUAUUUUACUGUGUAAUCUGACUACUUUUACUUCAGGAUCUGUCAUCACACACACACACACACACACACACACACACACACACACACACACACACACACACACACACACACACACACACACACACACACACACACACACACACACACACACACACACACAGAGCUGAAGAUCCGCCAGGGAAAGCCGAGACUUUAUAAAAAAAAAAAAAAAAGGAUUCUUCUCGUGCCACUUCACACGUGCACAGCUCGAGUGCUCGACAUUAAACACUGCUCUGCUUACUCUGUAUGCAUGGACGUGGGCUGAGCCGGCCUGCGUCUGUAAUAAAGGUGAGUUGGAGGAAGUACCCCCCCCCCCAGAGCCAAAGGAAACCUGUCCAUAGACCUUCCAUAGCCUUCUCUCGACGAGCCUGACUCCUUGACGCUCUGCACGCCAGUCCCACAGUGACACUCAAUACAUAUACACACAUAUAUAUAUGUAUCAAAGAUGUGUACGGCUCUUUGACUGCAACAGCGGUGAUAUUCCUGCUGUUUCCGAGUCAGGACGUGCGAGCAGACUUGAGACUGAUGUGUCUCCUACUGACGUGACUGUACAUAUUGUGUAAAGAAAAAAAAGAAACAGAGGGGGAAAAGUACAGGGAGAAAAAAAAAGGAUGAUUUUCAAAACAAGGUCGUGUAUAUCUGAGGGAGACCGUGUUUUGAUAAUUUGCACUCGGUGUAGUGUUUUAAUGAAUGUUGCCCUGUGUAGAAUUUCACCUGUGUUUAUGAAUUAUUAUUAUUAUUAUUAUUAUUAUUAGGUUUUUAGAGAAUUAUUUAUGUCAACUCUUUCCCCCCCUGCCCCAACGUGAGGAACUGAGUGAAGGACAGUUUUUCUGUUUUCUUUAUAAGUGAUUGUAAGUUUCCUGGUUUAUUAAUGCUAAUUUGAAAAUAAAUAACAUUGGUAAAAUGAGUUAUCUUUUAUUAUUUCAAAUUCCUUUAGGACUGACAUAUAGGCCCUGAACCAGGAAAAAAUAAGCAAUGUGAAAUAGAAUAUUAUAGAACUAUUAAUAAAAGGUGUUAUGAAGAAAAUGUG